AUGCAUGGCAAUGACGGAAUGCUUUCCGGGGGAACAAUGUGGAUGUCACCACCAACAUCCCAACCACGGAAACGGCCAGCAACAAUAUACACUGGCAUGCCUUAUACCGGUGGUGACGACACUAACCCGAUGUCUGCCUGGAGUGAUAUGCACCUACAACAAGUCACCCACACACCAACAUCACGGCCAACGUCCAUUCCGCAGGAGAUGCUUCCCCUAGCCACGUCCGGCCAUGAUGGGUGGAACCAACCGUCCUGCGGUGAAAUACUCGAUUUUCAAGGGUUGGACACAGAAGGGCCCAUCGGGCAAGCCUAUACCACGGAUGAAGCGGUGCCAAUCAUUGACUUGCGAUACUCUAGCCAGUCCCAAGACGGAGCGAAUUUAAGCAUGGAUGGAGGAAUACAUGGGAGGAGGUUAUCGAAUUCUUCUCUGACAAUUUCGACGUCCGAGCCGUUGUCCGACGUUCCGUCAUCGUAUGACGACUUUCCCGCUGGACUAUCGGAAGCUCCAUCCUACGCCUCGGACUAUCUAUCAACUGCGUCAAAUCGAACGUCACUUAUGUCCUCCAUACAUCUAUCGCCAGUGGCUUCACCUCGAGCCAACCCUCAAAGUAGAUCAGACCAGGUCCGAACUCAGAGUCGUGGGCGAGCCUCUCCUUCACCGAGACCAAGCGCUCGAUCAGCACCGUACAGUCUAGAGGGAUCAAAAAGUCAACGCUGGUCCACUGGAUCAUACGCCCCAACGCAAAACCGGCGGCAUUCUCCCAUGGUAUACCACGGUGCUCAGGACGGGUAUGUAUCACAUCAACGAAUGUCACUGCAGAGCUACCCGCCGCCGAUGCCGACACCAUCGCUCCAUGCAGGAGGUUUCCAAGGGGCUCCUCAACACCACUCAUUCGUAAUGCCGGGGCAGCCAAUGUUUCCCCGUCACGGCAUGAUCCUACCAUCUCACAUGUCGCACCAGGGUCUUUUUGAACAACCGCCGACUCUACCAUCACAAGGUGUAUUCAAGAUGCUUCAGAGCAAUGGAAACCCUCACAUGCUACAUGGCCACUAUACGGACCUAUCCGACCCUCCUGACCUCUUUGGCGCUCUUUUGGAAGAGCAGGUCCCGCCGCCAGAAGAAGAUAUGAAUCAUUCGGAUCCCAACAUGAUUCCCUACGAACAAGAUUUGCGGUUCGAAGGCGACCUUUACACUCCCAAAUGGGUCCGUGGCCAAGGAAACAAACGCGAGGGCUGGUGUGGUAUUUGCAAACCAGGAAGAUGGUUGGUCCUCAAGAACUCAGCUUUCUGGUACGACAAGUCGUUUACCCACGGUAUCAGCGCUGCUACUGGUCAGCCGUUUGAGGAGCCACUGGACACUCGCCGAAUGGAUGGAAACCCGGAUGUUUGGGAAGGCUUGUGCACCUCAUGCAACGACUGGAUUCCACUUGUGAGCAGCAAGAAGAAGGGCACAACGUGGUUUCGACACGCGUACAAGUGCCAUACACACCAAAAAGUCAAGGACACACCAAAGCGACGUCGGGACAUUGGUAACAGUAGCACCAGAACUUUGGUCAACCACACACCGAAAACCAAACAAGAUACUUCGACGCAUCAGCCGGUCACGCCGCAGCCGGUCACAACACCGGUGUCUGGGCUCAAUGUGCCAACAUCAGUGCCGCCACCGCUGGUACCGCAGCUCCAUCUCCAAGCUUUGCAUCACCAGCAGCAGAUGCCACACUUGUCCCAACAUCAGGAGUCUACAUCGGCAGCGUCAGAGUCUUUGUGUCGUCCUCAUCCUAUGUCUAUGCCAGGUCCCGCUUCGACGAUGAGAAACAUGAUCUAG